AUGGAAGAAGGCAGUUUACCAUCUCCACAGGUCCAGUCGUUCGAUGAGCCAUUUACUGACCAACCUAAUAGUCCGUUAUUAGAAGGUGCAAAUGAUGUAAACGAAAAUGAAACAUCUGAAAGAUUAGGACGCAUAGGUGAAUCAAAAAAACGAAGCUGGGUAUGGAAGUAUUUCGAAUUAAAAAAAGUUACAGAAGAAAGAUCUAAUCAUAUUACAUAUGGCACUUGUAUCGUAUUGAAUGAGUUGG